CGGUAUAAGAACGAAGGGGGCGGCGGCAGGCCGGUCACUCAGUGCCGCUGCCUGGGGGGCUGCAGUGACCUCGCCGCUCCUGCUAGGGGCUGCCCACGCCGAAGACCUGCCUCUGUCGCCUCCUUUCCCGCUACCCAGUGUCCCUCGCAAGAGCAUCCCCAAGAUGGCAGAGGAGAGCAGUCCCAGGGACUGCAUGUCCUUCAGCGUGCUCAAGUGGGACCAGGUCAGCCGGCUGCACGAGGUCCUGACUGAGGUCGUCCCCAUCCACGGGCGAGGCAACUUUCCAACCUUGGAGAUAACCCUCAAGGACAUCGUCCAGACCGUCCGCGGCCAGCUGGAGGAGGCGGGCAUCAAAGUGCAGGACAUCCGGCUGAAUGGUUCUGCCGCCGGUCACGUCUUGGUCAAAGACAACGGCUUGGGUUGCAAAGACCUGGACCUGAUCUUUCACGUGGCUCUUCCCACCGAGGUAGAAUUUCAGCUGGUCAGGGAUGUGGUUCUGUGCUCCCUCCUGAACUUCCUGCCAGAGGGGGUGAGCAAGCUGAAAAUCAGCCCCGUCACCCUGAAGGAGGCGUACGUGCAGAAGCUGGUGAAGGUCUGCACCGACACCGACCGCUGGAGCCUGAUCUCCCUGUCCAACAAGAACGGGAGGAACGUGGAGCUCAAAUUCGUCGACUCCAUCCGGCGUCAGUUUGAGUUCAGCGUGGACUCUUUUCAGAUCAUCCUGGACUCGCUGCUCUUCUUCUAUGACUGCUCCAGCAGCCCCAUCUCGGAGCACCUCCACCCCACGGUGAUGGGAGAGAGCGUGUACGGGGACUUCGAGGAAGCCUUCGACCACCUGCAGAACAGACUGAUCGCCACCAAGAACCCCGAAGAGAUUCGGGGCGGGGGGCUGCUCAAGUACAGCAACCUCCUGGUGCGGGACUUCAGGCCCGCAGACCAGGAAGAAAUCAAAACCCUGGAGCGUUACAUGUGCUCCAGGUUCUUCAUUGACUUCCCGGACAUCCUCGAGCAGCAGAGGAAGCUGGAGACGUACCUUCAGAACCACUUUGCAGAGGAAGAGAGGAGCAAAUACGACUACCUCAUGAUCCUCCGCCGGGUGGUGAACGAGAGCACCGUGUGUCUCAUGGGUCACGAGCGGAGACAGACCCUGAACCUCAUCUCCCUUCUGGCCUUGCGCGUGCUGGCGGAACAAAACAUCAUUCCCAGUGCCACCAACGUCACCUGUUACUACCAGCCAGCGCCGUACGUCAGUGACGGCAACUUCAACAACUACUACGUGGCCCAGCCCCCGGUCACCUACAGCCAGCCGUACCCUACCUGGCUGCCCUGUAACUAACCUUGAGACCUGAGGGUUUCCUUCCGCAGCGGGGACCCCGGUAGGGCCAGGGCUCUCAGGUAGGGGAGCCUCCUUCUAGAUGUAGGUGUGUGGCUUUUAAAGGGGAACUCAGCUCUGAUUCUGCUUUUUUGUUUCUUUGGGGACCCAUUGGAACGGGUCUACAGUGUAUCAUGAGCCAACCCUAGAGGGACCCAUUAUUCCAUUAUUGCCCCUUUGGAAAAUGCUAUAGGAAGUGUGACCUAUCCACAUGGUUCCAGGAUGGACACUAACAUGUCCGGCCCCAAACAUCAGCCCUGGGGUUUGAGCUCUGUGCCGGGGCUGUGGCCGGGAAGUGCGUGGGCAGCACAUGAGCGGUGGUGCCCCUCUCUUCUCCCCUUGGGCCUGGAGGAGGCGCCGUUGGCCCCCACUUGGGAUUCUCCGCAGUGACGCAGAAGUUGUGCGCAUAGUCUGUUUGCUCGGAUCUGUUUCGGUCAGGCAGAAAGUGGUCAACAUGAGGGUGCUCCUGCGACUUAGCUGUUGUUCAAAGGACUUACAUUGCUUAUGUGUGUUUAUUCCCUGUCAGCAAAGCUGAGGAUUUGUUUCAUCAAUAAACCAAAGCCAGUAGCUGGAGAAUUGAGGUCUGGUCACAAGUGGUUUAUGGUGUAGAUGCUGUGCUGUCAUGAGGAAUUGUGUGAGAUAUUGCUGAGAAAAACAAAACAAAACAAAAAAACACACGAAAAAACAAAGACCUUUUCUUGAAAUGUAACUUGAAAAAAAAUAAUAAAAUGUGGAACAUAAUGUUAAAAUAGAACUGUGGUGGUGGUGGGGAUGGGGGUGGGGGUGAUUGUAAAUAGGAAGCAUGAAUGUUCAAAUUUUUUUUUUCUUGAAUUCUUAUCAAAUGACACUUUUUUUUUUCUCUUCAACUCAUCACUUUCAUUUUGCUCUUCCUAAGACUAAGGACUGUACUGAGUCUAGAGCCAUUGCAGUAACUGACAUGUGAGGGUCUUCCCAUAUUUUAAUUAGAAACCAUUUUGGUCACAUUCCGAGUAUGACAAGCUGUUUUCCUGAAGUACUUUGGCUGAUUUUUGUGUGUGUGUGUGUGUGUGUGUUUGUUUUUUUUCAAAAGCAGCAAUUUCCUCCUCCAGGUUUUUUUUUUGUUUUUUUUUUUUGACAGCCGAUGAAUUCAGGAAUUUCAGUCAAACUGAGUGACCUGUGGAAUGACCUGCGCUUAACAUGGCUUUAGAAUGGAACCUGCUGUCCCUAUGCUGUGUGUGCAGUAGAGGGUUAUGUCCAGUUGGGCCUUGUGUGUACGUCAGCGGUGCGGAGGCUCCUUGCAGUGAUGAAUUCCGAUGUAGUUAGGGAAGAAUUGAGUGAAUGGAGAGUAAUCUUCCUUAUUCUGGUAGAUUUAACCAUACUUGUUUAUAUUCUGCACUUUAGAGGAAAAACAGUGUUAAUCUCUAGUCUGAAGCAAAUUUAGUCAACAGGAGAAUCCUACGAUACUGUUGCUGUCCCACUAGAUUAAAUACGGGAUUUUGUGUUUUGUGGGGUUUCUUAGAAAGUAUCACUUUAGGAUAUCAAGGGCAGAAAAACACAAUAAUGCCAACUAGCUUGGUUUCUUAAGUGAUUUAAUCAAACCCAUGCUCCUGAUUUUAAAUUUCUCCUGUGGCCAUAAAACCCCCAAGCCCUGAGUGAUUGCUUUCUCCUUGCUUUAAGCAAUGAAGUUACCUUAAUGCAGAAAUGCUUCAUAGAAAAUGAGUGAUUUACCUUUUUCUAAAGAUGAUAUUUCAGGUUUUAUCUACAAUGUGAUAUCUUGGUCCUCUUAAAAGCAGAUGGGGCCUUGCUGACUCCCAAGGCUUAGCUGGUCUCCAGGCUGUGCUAUCAUAAGUCAACAGGAGCCACUUAGUGUAACCAGCGCCUGCCCUCCUGUGAGCCGGUGACAUUUGAAUUCAUUGGCUUUUGAGUCAAAGCCAGCGCCACAUGAGUGUGUGUGUGUGUGUGUGUGUGUGUGUGUGUGUAUGUGUGUGUGUGUGUGUUGGGGGGGGUGCUUCAGUGUUAGAGGGGGGCAAUGAAGAGUGAAUUCCAACUUUAAAAAUGAUAUGGUGGUCAUCUGUGACCUUAAAAGACUGCCAUUGUGGUCUGAUGGCAACAUGUUUGCACAAAAAUGACAGAUCAGUUUAACCAAAGCUUUGAAAUGCGAUGAAGCUGCCAACGAAAGCACUUGCUCACAGAAUUCAAGUCAGUAUUGCACCUACAAGAGGUCUUAGGGAUCAGGGUAAUAAGGCUCCAGAUGAAGAUAGGAUCAGAACCGCAUCAAGUCAUUAAAUUUCCAGUUUGACCUUGGAGUUCUUUCUGCUUAUUAUUUCCCCCAGCUGGUAUUAGUCCUCCUUCGAGAAUGGAGGCACAGAAGUUGCUAGAAAUUCCCGUCCCCCACCGCAGUUUUUUACCCUGUUUCAUGGUGACCAGCUUGCUAUAAUCCCUCAGCCUGAAGUUCUCGGUCAGCCCAGCUAUUACGGCAUUUGAGAGUUGACCUGUGUUCUAAUACCAUCAGGGUAAAAAGCUACACUGACCGAAGCUGCGCUUUUGAACCCCCACCCCAGUCUCGCGGUGUCUCUACUCCACCAGCCUUUUUGCCUGCCUGCCUCAGAAUAGACCAGGUAACCUUGAAUUUCAGGUGUCUGGAAAUUCUAGCUGAAAGCUGCCUUUCAUGCUGCUCACACAAGCACCAGGUACCCUGAACUUGCACUGAGUCCAGUGGUUCCUCUUUUCUGUGUGUUGAGUAACAUGAAACUUGGCAGUGGCUAAGGGCACUGAAGUUCAAGUGCAAGCUCUCAUGUACAUUUUAAGCAGCCUCGUUUGCUCCAGGAUUCUGAACAGUUUUCUGAUGCUUUCUGCAAGUAGGCAGCUUGUUAGCCCAGACUGCUUCUCAGAAUAAGGCCGAGCAGCAGUGAGAUGAAAGCAAUACCCUUUCCCCUGGUUUUGGCAGAAGGGCACACACUGAAUUCCUGGCCCCGAGAUCCAGUCUCACCCUUCAAUCUUACCUUGGCAGUAAGACACUAUUCCUCACUCAGUAACUAAACUCUGUCUCACCAACACCUUCCAUCAGGGUUCCUGCUGACUGCAUGUGGGCUGUGGCAUGGGCCACACCCGGAGUGAGUGGAGUAAGACAGAUGAGGGUUCCUGAUACAUGGUAAAAAAUGUGGUUUGGCAUUCAAGUGUUAUUUUCCCCCAGUUUGAUUUUUCCCUGGGGAUUUGAGUUAUAGCGAGCUGUGUGUGAACCUGUGAGGUUUUUUUUUUGUUCGUUUGUUAGUUUGUUUUUGUUUUUUGUUUUUUUGUGAUGAUGCAUUAAUAAACAAAUUACUAAAGCCCCAAAUCUGAUUGUCCUUCAGCCUCUCCACUAGGUUAGCCCUAACCCCUUAAUUUCAUGGUAGGUUAGGAUUUUUGCUAGUACUGCUUUCUUCACUUGGCAUAAGCAAUGUGCUAACUUUCAGAAUGCCUCCUUUCUAGUUAACUUUCUGGUACUGGUGCCUUGUUUUAGGAUGCAGCUAGAUUCUGAGCUCAAAUGUCCUCUUCCACAGAACAAAUGGUAGUUAUCCAGUUGUGAGAGGAGUCCUGGGAGCUUACCAGGGCCAUGACUUCCAGGGUGUCUGACUGGGGCUCCACAUUAGGGAGAAUCCCUUUGGGAGGAUUCUGGUAACGUGAAAGAACUUUCAGUUGCCAAGGUUAAAUUCGCAUCCUUAAUCUGGCAGAGACCAGAAUGUCCCAGCUGACUUUGGAACAUAUUCCAAUUCAGGCCCAUUAUAUUCCAAGGACCAAGGGAGGUGUAUGUGUGUGGGGGUGGGUGGGGGAGGGUGGAGGAGCAUAUUUAAAAAGACCUAGCAACUUUUCAGGAUUAUUUGCAGAGAUGUCCAAGGUGAGGAUCAGGAAAGAAAAUGCUUUUUUUGUGGGUGAGUUCAGUUCUAAAUCUUGUUUUCCUACCACUGAAAAAAAGAUAAGUUAAAGGUCAACAAAAACAAAAAUGCUUGGAGUUUUGCCUGGGCUAGCCAGAGUUGGUGCAAAUUGGUGUGUGUGUUUGUAUAGGAAGGUGAGAAGACCAUCCACUGAAGAGGAAGUCAUUAAAUAAUACGGAUUUUUUGUUUAAUAGAUUAAAAAUUAGUGGCCUUAGGAAAAUUAAAAGAGUUUUUAUCCAUUAAUUUCCAAAUUAAUACAGGGGAAAAGUUAAGAUACUUACUAGACUAAAUUGGAAGUUUUUUGUUGCUCUAGAUUUGCACAGGCUUUCACAUAGUAAUUUAUUAGUGAUGCCUAACGUGGGCGGUUUCCUCUUUGGUUGUAACGGUCACUGACCUUCUUAUGUGAUGCCGGAGAAAUCACUUGUCAAUGCAAGAUGUAUGAGAGCUUGAUGAAAUGAAGCUUUGAGUUUGAGAAAUAAAAAUAUAUUAAAACAAA